GGGGGAGAGGGGGGUCAGUAUUUGGUGCAGGCUGCGCGACUCGGUAGUAAGGUCCGCGUCGGUACGGUUCCCGGUGCCCACGUAUCCACAGCGCGUCUGAAAUCUCGAUAAGAAUUGUCGGAUUAUUGUUAUGUGCGCUGAAGGAUCCACAUCGAAGGAUAAAAUGCACCGCUGCGGAAGUCUUUUGAAAUGUCAGUGUCACUGUUGCUGAUGGUCAGAUACAUCCACGUCCUCUGUUGGCGCUUCUCCUUGGAUCUACCAUUUUUCUGCCUUAAAUGCGUAGCUGAGCCUGCUAAUAUUAGAGGCUGGCGAGGCUGCCGGAUAUAUCACCUCGAAUAAACCAUCUGAACGCUCAUUAUUCACGCUUGCCUUUAUUGGAUGUCGCAUUGGUUGUUUGGACGCUACGGAGGUUAAAAUAAACACCUGCGGAUGGUUGAUCCAUGUUGCUGUAUACGCGUUGCGUUUGGUUUGUGUUGUAACCUAGCUCUCAGAUCUCAAUGAUCACCUUCCGGCCGGACUGAUCCCGUCUCCUGCUGCAAACCGCAGCCAGCGAGAGUAGGCUACCGCUGUCUCAGGAUGCAGGUGAAAAGCCCGAUGUGCGCCGAAGAGUCCCCGGGAGACAUCGAGACAGACGAGUGCCAGAAAAAGACCUCAUGUUUCUCCAACAUCAAAAUCUUCCUGGUGUCAGAAUGUGCGCUGAUGCUGGCCCAGGGUACCGUCGGUGCAUAUCUGGUGAGUGUACUGACCACCUUGGAGCGCCGCUUUAACCUGCAGACUGCGGACGUGGGCGUGAUCGCCAGCAGCUUUGAGGUGGGCAACCUGGCCCUCAUCCUCUUCGUCAGCUACUUUGGGGCGCGCGCCCACCGGCCCCGCCUCAUCGGCUGCGGCGGCAUCGUCAUGGCGCUGGGCUCGCUGCUCUCGGCGCUCCCCGAGUUCCUGACGCACCAGUACAAGCCCGAGACCGGGGACUUCCGGCCCGCCGGCGAGGGCAGGGACGUGUGCGCCAACAGCUCUCGACCGGGAGCCACGGACCCGGGCAACCUGUGCGGCAACAGGGCCAACACCAACAUGAUGUACCUGCUGCUGAUUGGGGCCCAGGUGCUGCUGGGCAUCGGAGCCACGCCUGUCCAGCCUCUUGGGGUGUCCUACAUCGAUGACCAUGUCAGGAGAGAGGACUCGUCUUUAUACAUAGGUAUCCUGUUCUCCACGCUGGUGUUUGGCCCUGCGUGUGGGUUCAUCCUCGGCUCCUUCUGUACGAAGUUCUACGUGGACGCCGUCUUCAUAGAUGCCAGAGAGGUGGAAAUCACGCCCGAUGACCCACGAUGGAUUGGCGCCUGGUGGGGCGGCUUUAUCCUCUGCGGCUUCUUCCUCUUCCUCUCAUCGCUCUUCAUGUUCGGCUUCCCGCAGUCGCUCAUCGAGGGCCCGGAGAGCAGCAGCAGCGAGAGCCAGCAGGCCAUGCUGCCCGCUGAGCUGGCGCAGGAGUACGAGGGGCACGCCGCCCACGACCUCAACCUCAACAGCGGCCUCACCUGCUGCCAGCACCUGCAAAUCAUCCCCAAGGUGACAAAGCACCUGUUGUCCAACCCUGUGUUCACGUGUGUGAUUCUGGCUGCGUGCAUGGAGAUCGCCGUGGUAGCAGGAUUUGCCGCCUUUCUAGGGAAGUACCUGGAACAGCAGUUCAACCUGACAACCUCGUCAGCCAAUCAGCUACUGGGCAUGACAGCCAUCCCGUGCGCGUGCCUUGGCAUCUUCCUUGGGGGUCUGCUGGUGAAGCGCCUAGACCUGUCAGCGCUGGGGGCCAUCCGACUAGCCAUGAUGGUCAACGUGGUCUCUACCGCCUGCUACGUGUCCUUCCUCUUUCUGGGCUGUGACACGGGGCCCAUUGCCGGGGUCACCGUUGCCUACGGAAACGAGUCUCUGGGCACAUGGCAGAAGGCUGACGCUGCGUGCAUAAGUGGCUGUGACUGCUACACCACCUCACUCAGCCCAGUGUGUGGAUCCAACGGAGUCACCUACCUCUCCGCAUGCCUCGCUGGCUGCACCAAACCAGACCUGAUGGGCUGCAGGUGCAUCUCCCGUGGCAACAGUGUGGGCACGGCUUUGCCGGGGAAGUGCCAGAGUGCAGGUUGCCAGCGGGCAUUCCUCACCUUCCUGGCGGUGGUGUGUGUCUGCAGCAUGAUUGGAGCCAUGGCCCAGACACCCUCUGUCAUCAUCCUUAUCAGGACUGUGAGCCCAGAGCUGAAAUCCUACGCUCUUGGAGUUCUGUUCUUGUUGCUACGGCUACUUGGUAAGUAAUUUGAUAUGCAUCUCUGUUAUGUUCUGUGUGUCUGAUGACAUCACAUAUUAUUGUGUUGCAGAUUUAUAAAUGCAGUUUGGAAGUAUGACCUAUUCUUCUCCUCUCCUC